AUGCCACUUGCACAGUAUUUGCGCCCAAUCACUAAGGAGUGCAAUGAACAAUUGCAAGAGCCCCAGCAGAAGCAGGCGAAACCCGCGCAACAGAUUCUCAGAUCCUUGUCAUCUGCUUCACCGAUUGCGUUUAUCCUCAUCGUUCAAACAGUUGUCGCCCCUAUCUUCACCAUUUACCAAGAGGCAGAUGGUAUUGCCAAACAAAGAGCUCUUCUUGAGACCCUGUCAGUGCUUUUCGAGUCUGCAAUUCAAGUGUUCGGUCAAUGGACAACCCGGGGAGAUGAAAUCACUAUUGAAAAUCCGUUGCUCGAAUUCAAGGAUCAAUUUUCGGAUGUCCUGGGGCAGGCAUUGAUGGGUGCUGCAAAGGAAGAGGUCUCUUUCCGAGUGACUGCUCUGAAGGGAUUCCUUCGUCUUUCUACCCUGCGUAACUUUUUCCAAGACAACGAAAUUGGUUUGUUCGUACAGUACCUUGAUGAGAUUCUGCUUCAGGAGGAGUCUGUUGGUCGAGAUGAUUUGAAGAAGGAAGCAAUUGCAGCACUUGCUGAAAUUUCAAAGCACAAGCCUCGUCUGAUCAUGGAUAUUACAUUCCCUGCAUUUGUGGCGACACUUCCAGAUGAGGAUGAUGGCAAAAACCAGACUUACCUUUCCACGCUGGAUACUCUGGCUCAGAUCAGCGUUGAGAGGGACAUCUUUGAGACUCUUUUCCGACGUCUCUUCAGCAAGUUGACCAUCCUACUUCAGAAGGAGCAACCUGGUGCCAUCGCGUAUCCAAGGGCCAUCCUCAUGACCCUACUAUAUGUCAUGCAGCAAAGGAAGAUGGAAACUGAUCCUAGUGUGGACCUCUACUUUGACAAGAUCGUGGUUGGUCUCUGCCGUAGUGUCUCGGAGUCGGCGUCGGGCAAGGGGAAGAACCAGAUCCUCAACGAUGCCACCAUCCUGGACACGCUCGGUCGGCUCUGCAACCUGCUUGUUCGGUCUGUCUCUCUUCAGAAACAGGAGCAGGUGGCGGAGAAUGUUUAUAAGCUCUUCUCAGCGACAGAGGAUUUCGUGCCUGUUCCUUUCGCACAGCGCGCAACACCCGAUCAAGAGCGGACUAUUAUAAUUUCCACCUAUCUUCUCGCAGGCCUGUCUAAGGAUUGUGCAAAGCAUAUCCCUCAUACUUCUCCCAGCAUGUCAGAGCUUCUUUCAGAUCUAGUGCAACGCUGUGUAUCUCAAACUUCAGAGCCAGCUACACAUCUCGCCUUCCUGCGUCAUCUAGCUUUGCUUGUCAACAAGUUCCUGUCUAAGGAAGAUUUGAAUAUUGCAGAGAAGCUCUUUGAUUCUCUCGUUUCAUCAGAAAAGGAGAGUUACAGCCCGGCUACAAUCCGUACCAUCUUCUGGCUGUCCAAGGCACUAGUCCUCCGACUUGCCCCGACCACCACCCAUGUCCUUACAUCGCUCAUGGGUCUUCUCUCAUCGCCCGAUCAGCAGACCAGCACAUCUACUGCUCGAGGGUUCUCCAUCCUUCUUGGUGACGACGAUGUACUCUCCACAAGCAACGGUGCCUCAAUCCGCCUGUUGUGCAAACAGCGUGUCUUCACAACCGUUAUCCCGAUGAUCUCUUCUCGCAUUCGCGAAGUCAACGUCGCCGGUAGCGACCACUCCUCUAAGGAAUUGGACCACAUCAAGCCGGCCCAUCUGACCGCGCUUGCCGGUAUCCUCUCUACCAUCUCCACAGCCCUGGUCAUGCCCGAACUGCCCACACUACUCCCUCUCCUUCUACAAUCUCUCGAUCUCCAAACAUCCGACUCCGUCGCUGUCCGAGCAGCUACACUCGAUACGCUGGCUGUCAUCAUCCGUGAUAAUGGCGUCGCUGUGAUCGACAAGUGUGGACACGUUCACAGCCUCGUCAUGAGACUUCUCAAGACUACAGAAAUCGAUGCGAACGUCGUCAACCCACCCCGCCUUCGCGCUGAUGCUCUAAGGUGUCUUUACCUCUUGGCUAUCAAACAGACUCCUGGCGAAACCAACACUCGCCUACCACCGUCUAUCUCCCCGCUUCUACCAGAGAAGACGCAGGUGUUGCGCUCUCUGCGUGCUGUUUUGGAUGAUCCUAAGCGAGAUGUACGCAAGGCAGCAGUUGAUGCUCGCAGUGCAUGGUUGCGUGGUGUGGAUGAUGCCCCGGAGGAGGAGGAAUGA